AUGGGGAGAGACCGCACGCACUGUGAGACGAGCUGCAUGUCGGAGAGCGGCUGUACAGUGGCGAUGGCCGCACAAGUCCGCGGCCUUAGCACUGUGACGUUGGAGCUCAACCGAGUCGCCUCCGUGGACACCACCUGCACCUGCAACUGCUUGCUAGCCGCCCCCUGCUCACCCUCGAGCGAGCCCGGCGGCUUGUCGGCUCAGCCCUCUGCUGCUCCAGACGGUGAUAAAGUCCAGAGACCGGCGCUCCGCUUCCUUGCUGCUUCGUACGAACUGAAGGCUGCCUCUUCGUCGGCUACUGCCCCCGCUCCGACAGAGGUCAGUGACGGGGACGAGGCUGCAGGCCCGAGGCACGUCGGCGAAUGUGCGCUCUAUCAAUGCGUUGCCUCCGAGGACGGGGAGGCGGCAGAUGAGGCUUCUCUCCAUGUGCAGCGCCGCACGGCGGCGCUGCCCGGUGUCUUCGAUGCUGUGUUGGUGCCCUCAUCAUUCUUUAGCACUGCAGCCCUGUUGUCUGCCGCCGACGCGGCGCUGUGCAUCAUGCUGGCGUGCACGGAUGGCAGUGUGCGAGUCCUCGACCCCUUCACGCUCAGCCCCGUAGUGGACCCGCUGCGUGACCUUCACGCGGAGAUGCUGACCAGCUGCACGGCGCUUCACUGUCCCACUCCACACCUCUUGUGCUCCGCCCACACGGGGUCCGUUUAUCUGUACUCGCUCGCAGAACGGUGCGUGACGCAGGAGCUGGAGGGGCACGAGUACGAUGCGUGGUGCACGGCGAUGCUGCCUACUGGCGGAUGGUGGCCCGCUGCCUCGGCUUCUCUUCCUUCCAAUGGAGGCUGCAGUGACCACGAACACAUUGACGGUGAAGCAGAGGCUGUUCACAUGCCCGCCAGGGCCAGCACAAGUGCGUUGCUCGCGUCUGGCGGUGACGAUGGUUACUGCAAGCUGUAUGAUAUGCGCACCAACCCCAGCCGCGCCGUUAGCCGCUCACGCUUCGGUGCCGGCGUGGUUUCCAUUACACCUGUGCUGGAUACUCUCGACGGCUUGUCGGCUGCCCACGCCACACCGUAUCUACUGGUGGGCUCGUACGACGAGUCCAUCUCGCUCGUCGACGUGCGCAGCGUGCGGCGUCCUGUGGCGCAGCGCGGCGGGCUUGGCGGAGGCGUGUGGCGUACGUCCCGCUGCCUCCUCCCGCUAUGGGACUCCGGGGCUGCUGUGUCGGACAACUUCGGGGCCGCGGCGGGUGACGGCGGCAACCUGAACCUGUCACUGCUGCUGGCCAGUGCGAGGACUGGCUGCUGCCGCAGAGGGGCUAAGCGGCCGUGCACGAUGCAGUCUCUCGCCAACGGGUGGGCAAACACCUCUAACGUUCUUGUGCUGCCGCUGAUGCAGCGCGGGGUUGCACUGCUGCCGUACGACGUGCGAGCCUCUGCGGAGGAGGUGUUCGGUAACGCAGACGUGCCCCUCACGUACUUCUACAACGAGGCUGCGGAGAGCGACUCAGAGGCGGUGCCUGGCGCCCCGCUCAUUCCUACGUUGACAGACAACACCCUGGUGUACGAUGCAGCGGUGCUGCGGCCGCUCGACCGGAUCGACUCCCAUGGCGCAGAGACGGCGGUGGACAGGUCGGCUGCCGUGGUGGCCACCGUCUCCUUCUACGAAAGGCGUAUCGACGUGUGGACGGUGGCGACGGGGUAG